AACAAAAACCAGUUAAAAAGAAGAAACCUUCCUGCUUGUUGCAGAGAUGCAGUGGGGAUAGCUGUAAAGGAAAGCUGUAAUGCUUCCAGGGAGAGGAAUACAGGACUUGAAUCAGGGCUGCCUGACCCCACAGCUUUCUCACUGUAUCAGUGACUCUCACCUUCCACUGAGCCCCACACCAGCUGUUCUCCCACCAGCCCAGCUGUUCACCUGCUGCCAGACCUACUCCGCCCUCUGUGAUGCAAUUCUGUUCUUGGCAUCCUGGGCUGGGUGGACCUACAAGAGAAGCGUGUCUGGCUUUGAAUCUUCAGAGAACUCAGAUGAUUCAUGAAGGCAGAUGAAGACGAUGUUGUUCUUGGAACACAGAGCCCUAGUCCUAGUCCAGCUGUCACUAAAGUGCCUGCUCCUGGAGGAGUUGUUGGGCACCUGUGCAGGAACCCAUACUCUGCACUAUGACCUCAUGGCCUUGUCUCUGGAGGGGUCAAGGAAGUCCAAAUUUAGGGCCCAGGGAUACAUUGACAAUGAGCUCUUCCUGCGCUAUGACAGCUACAGGAGAAGAGCAGAGCUCUGGGGGCCUAGGAUCAAGAGACAAGGAGGAGCUGAGAUCUGGACAAGAGAGACUGAGGACAUGCAGGAGAAGGAGGAGCAACUCAGGAGGAUGCUGACUGAGGUCAUGACCCAGAAGGGCCAACAUAGAGGCAUUCACACCCUUCAGGCAAUGUUUGGCUGUGAAACCCAAGGAAACAACACUGGAGGCUUCUGGCGCUUGGGCUAUGAUGGGCAAGACUUCCUCACCUUUGACCAGAAGAGCCAAACAUGGAAAGUGUCCAUGCCUUCAGCACUCUCAACCAAGACAUUCUGGGAGAGACAUGGCCCCAGCAUGGAUCAAGUUCAGACUUUUUUAAAUGACAUAUGUCCUAAACUUCUCCAGAGAUAUUCAACUUAUUUGGAGAACCAAUUGAUGGAUACAGGUUCCCCAAACAUGACAGUGACCAGCAAAGUGCACGAAUUGGGCAGGAUCACCCUGACGUGCUGGGUUUUUAAUCUGUAUACUCCUGUGGCCACUCUGACCUGGCUUCGGGAUGGGAAGCCGGCACAGCAGCACACCUUUGGCCCUGGGACCAUCCUGCCCAGUGGAGAUGGGACCUACCAGACCUGCGUGUCUAUUUGGGUUCUUCCUGGACAGGAACCACACUUCACCUGCCGUCUGAGGCACCGCAGCCAGAACAUUGAAGUCCCUACACUCCUUGGACCUCAAGCUAGGGAAAGUGGUGGAGCCACCAGCUCUGCUUCUGCUCUUGUGGCUUCUGCUUUUCUUUCCAUGUUGAUAUUUCUAGCCUGCGCCUAGAGCAGCAAGAACACACAGGACAGCAAGAGACCAGGUGAGCAUCCCUGCAGGGUGUGAAAGGGGGUGACAGGCCUUUUCUUCUCUUUGUAAAUUGUACAGGUAGAAAGGCAGUCACAUAAGCGACUUUUUGCCCCACUGGUGAAUGGAGGGAUCCAAGUAGUCACCAUCCAGGACCUGUUAACCUCCCCCGCUGUUGGGAGAUAGCGCCCCCUGGUGGAUGUACGGUGCUGCUUCCCAUGUGUUCUUAGAUGCAUUGGGAAACACAGGGACAGGAAAGCAGGCAGGAAGCCCACAGCAAAGUCCAUUGUGGCAAACCCCAAGUGUUCCCGCCUCUUCACCAAAUAUGUACAAUGCAAACAGCCAAACAAUACAGAGGGAGACCUGGUAGCCCAAAAGAUGAUUGAGAGGCAGGCAAUUCACCAGAUGAUGAUGAUGUCUAUUGCAAUUAGCAUCUUGAUUCAAACAUGGAAACUUCUCCUCAAAAGAUAUUCAUGAAUCAUCUGGUUGAGGCAGUGUAUGUGUACAUAAAUACAGACAUUUAAAGAUUUUGAGGAUAUUUAAAUCCCUGUGGUGUCUUUAAGUCCGUAUUAAUAGUCAGAUGGAUCUUUGAAGAUCCAAUACAGGACUUCUGGUCUAUCUUCUAGGUUGAACUACUCUCUUUCUACCUUCAGCCAUGGCAGCCUAAAAUGAUCACAACAAAACCUGUUGAAUGUUAAUACUCCUUCACAAUAAAAGGAAGUGAGCCGGGCUGCCGUGGCACACAUCUUUAAUCCCAGCACUCGGGAGGCAGAGCCAGGCAGAUCUCUGUGAGUUCAAGGCCAGCCUGGUC